AUGUCUUCCGAAGCUAACCAGUCUCUGGCGACAGCCACUGUUGCGACUCCCACUACCCCCAGGUCUCCUAUCGUCAUUGGCAUCUAUGGCCUCCCCGGCUCCGGUAAAUCGACCGUCCUCGAAAACCUCAAAAGGUCACUUCCGACAUGGAGCGACAAAUUUGCCGUCUACGAUGGGUCUGCAGUCAUUGCCUCUCUGAUGGGCCCAGACCGUGGCCUUGAUGACUUCCGUGCCCUGAGCGAAGAAGAGAAAACUCGGUACCGCGAGCUCGCCAUAGCCCACAUACGCGACGAGUGCCAGAAGACGGGUCUGGCCGGUGUUGUUGCCGGACAUUACAUGUUUUGGCCCAAGGACAGCGAGCACGGAAUGGUGGUCUGGACAAAAGCCGAUCAAGACACCUUUACACACAUCAUCUACCUUCAGCUGCCUGCGGACCUACUUUACCGUCGUCGACGGCAGGACCAGGCAAGGGAAGACCGCGAGAGAGCGGCACCUGAGCAUCUCCACAAGUGGCAAGAGGAAGAGCUGCGACAGCUAGACGCCAUAGCAAAGGAGUCAGGAAUUUGCCUUGUUCGUCAGGAUGGUGCCAGGUUGGACCGGAACCUUCGGGCUCCCGGAUCCAAGAUCCUAAAGUGGCUGCACGAGUUUCGGUCGGAAUCCGAACACCGCAACCACAUACGCGUGCUGGCUGCAGUGGAUGAGAUUGUGGCCAAUGUCAAGGCUUCUCACAAUACCCAUAUCACCACCGCUCUGGUGCUUGACGCAGAUAAGACUCUCACAGCCAUGGAUACUGGCAGUGAGUUUUGGAAGCUUGAGUCUAGCCGAGAGAGAGGGAUCGACCAGCAGGUGCCCACCCCAGCCGAAGACGUGUUCCGUGAAAACGGCUAUACCUAUGAGGCGUUCCGCCAGGUGGCCAUGUCAUACAGCCAUGUGAUUGGUUUUGAGGAACUUUGCAAUGAUGUUGCGAAGGAGACCACUCUCUAUCCCGAGCUUCUAUCCCUACUCCGCCGUGUCAAAAGUCACCCUCAUAUCAUGGCGGUGGUGGUAACUUGUGGACUACGCCGAGUAUGGCAGACGGUGAUAGAGAAAGAAGGCUUGGAAAAGCACGUCAAGGUCAUUGGUAACGGGGACAUCAGCGAGGGGCUUAUCAUCACCGACAAGUCCAAAGAAGCCGUCGUCAACCGCCUUCGAGGCCCUCCUCAUAAUCUUCGUGUGGUGGCUUUUGGAGACGGCCCGUUGGAUCUGCCCAUGCUCCAGGCAGCUGACGAAGGCGUUGUGGUUGUGGGUGUGGAACUGGCUAGGAGCAAAUCAAUGGAAGACGCUCUCUCCAGGGCCAUCAAGCCCAACGCCAAUGGCUCACCCCACGACCACAACCUACGCCAAGCACUCAUCCCGCACACCGUCAUUCCCCGUCUCGACACCACCCGGCUUCCCCUGAUAGACCUCUCCGACCCAACCGACCCCUUGAACCAGUCUCUCUUUGGCAGUCUACCCUCCAAGUCUUUUUCCAAGCCCAACCUCUUGCAUGCCAGCAACCGGCCCUCCGCCAAGCUCAUGACAACCCCGACCCGCGACGCCACCAUUUUCGGCCCUGCUCUUCGAGAAGCACAUCGCCGUAUCGGAUGGUACCUAGCUACAGAGUUCAUCACCUCCCUCGUCGGUCUAGAAGAGUACUCCAUCCCUCACGUCCAAGGCCACAACACCACUGGCCAUCGCCUCCUGCACGAACAAGACACCACCAUCGUUGCCCUAAUGAGGGGCGGGGAGCCCAUGGCUUUUGGCGUCAAUGACGCUUUCCCGCUCGCCAUGUUCUUGCACGCCAAGACACCGGAGGAUGUCAAGCCUCAUCACCUUGACAAGCAGCACACGAUCAUCUUGGUGGACUCGGUGGUGAACAACGGGAAGACGGUGUUGGAGUUCCUUGAGAGGAUUCGUGGCAUGUAUGAAGAAGGGAAGGAUAUCCGCGUUGUGGUGGUUGCCGGGGUCGUGCAGGUGGAGACUACGGGUGCGGAGCAUGGCUUGGGACGGCUCCUGAGGAAUGAUGACAAGUUUCACUUGGUGACGCUGAGGGUGUCGGAUAAUAAGUUUACUGGAAGGGGAGGAACGGAUACGGGUAAUCGGCUGUUUGGGACUACGCGUUUGGAUUGA